CACUAGCUUGUGUUUUUUUGUAAAGUACCACGAAUCUCACAAUUCAUCAUCACUUGCUAAUAAUUCUCUGAUAAUAUAUCUUGGUUUUGGUAACUCCAAUUUAUAUAUAUAUAUAUAUAUAUAUUUAUAUUUAUAGUAUUAAGAAUACGAGAUCAUGGCUUUGAACCAAGCUUCGAAAGGGUUAUUACUUCUCCUAUUUACUGCUUCUCUAUUAUUAGCAAUGGGUCAGGCCAAGACCAUCGUGGUUGGAGGCACCGAAGGUUGGCGUUUCGGCUUUAACUACACAGAUUGGGCUAUCCAAACCACUCCAUUCUACAUCGAGGACAAACUCGUGUUCAAGUACAAUCCUCCAAGUGAGAGUAAUAACUCAAUGGCUUACGGUGUAUACGAACUGCAAAACAUGGGGAGCUACUUGAGUUGCAACUUCAGUAGUGCUGAGCUAAUAGCGAACUCGACGCAGGGAGGGGGCGACGGCUUUGAGGUUUCGCUGAGCGAAUGGAAGCCUUAUUACUUUGCUAGUUACGGGGAUGACGGCAGCCACUGCAACGAUGGCCACAUGAAGUUCUCUGCCGUCCCGUGGCCUCACAAUAAUAAUUAACCUUUACUAGUACCUAUUCUAUGCUAUGCUGCUACCAUCUAUAAUUUAUUUUUAUGUAAUUUUUAAUCAAUAAUAUUGCGUGUGUGAAAUAAUUACAUGAGAAAAAUAGAGGGGGUUUCCUUAUCCUUUUUGUUUUUCUGGGUUUUAUGUAUUUUUGAAGGUUUAUUAAUUAUGAUGACAAUUGGGAGAGAAUCUUAAUAUAUAGAAUAUUGCUGAUC